AUUUAAUAACGGAACUAUUAUAUUUGCUGUAACACUUUUAAAUGGCUCACACAUCUCAAUAUUUAUUGUAAAAGAAAACCCUGUAAACUCUCUCUUUCUGUUUUUCCCUUUCUCAAGAAAGGAGGACAAAAGAAGAAGAAGCGCUUUGGCUAUGGCUGCCGAGGUUAGCUCUUUGCAUAGAGUUUUGAGCGGGUACAAGGAUGAUCUAACGGUGGGUAACGAAUCCGGUGGAGCGAAAUCAACGGCUUUGAUCACUAGGGACUUGCUUGGAGGUGGUGGGUUCGCCUUGAAUAUGAAAAAUGAUCAAUCCCAAGAACUUGACCUUGAUCUUCAAGUCCCUAACGGAUGGGAAAAGCGCCUGGACUUGAAGUCCGGUAAGGUUUAUUUGCAAAGAUGCAAUUCAUCAAAUUCUUCAUCAUCAUCGGAUGGAACUAAGCACCAAAUCAAUCAAACAGUGCCAAAGCUUCAAGAUUUAAAUUUCCCGCCAUCGCCUUCUAAACCUUUGCUAAAACUUUUCGAUGAGAGCAGUUUAGAAUUGAAAUUAGUCUCAUCAUCCUCCUCUACCAAUUAUCAGAGUGUGUGCACCCUAGAUAAAGUAAAAUUCGCGCUUGAAAGGGCCGAGAAAGAGCCGAUUAAAAAGCGAAAAUCGUUUUGGAAAUCAUCGUUAUCCCCUUCAUAUUCUUCGUCAUCAUCUUCGAUCAAAGAUUCACAAGAGGGUGAAGGUGAAGAGAAGUUGUUUGUAUCGCCGGUGGCAGCAGGCUGCCCUGGAUGCUUAUCCUAUGUGUUGAUAAUGAAAAAUAGCCCUAGUUGCCCACGGUGCAAUACCCUUGUUCCAAUGCCAACUGCCAAGAAGCCUCGCAUUGAUCUCAAUAUAUCAAUUUGAGGGAAGAUUAUAAUUUGUUCUAGCUUUAAUAUCCAAUGCUUAUAAUUUUUUAUAUGAUAGAUAAAUUAGGAAAAUUUGAGCAUAUGUAUAUUGGAAAAGGAUGGUGAUGAAGACCAAAAAGAAAGAAAAACGUUUGGGUUGGUCGUUUAUCGGCAAAGCAAAUAGAGAUUUUCUUUUUUU